CCUAGAAGACAGGGGUGGCGAAGCCCAGCCAGUGAGGACAAGAGCUGCGGGAAGGACACCGAGGUGACUGACGGCAGCAGCAGGCCUGAAGGCUCUGACUGCUUUGAAAGAUAUUUCAAUGAGAUGCAAAUCGCAAUCGACUGGCCAUUAGUUUUCACUGCAGUGUUUGCAGGUGGAGUCGAAUGUAACCCCCCGGGAAUGGAGCGGGGAGGGUAAGAGAACGCGGCUGCGCUCUGGAUCUCCGAAGAGGGGUGGAGGCCUGGAAGAGGUCGGGGCCCAGAAUGGACUGCCGGGUCCCUGCUGCCGCAAACUGGCCCUGACCUCCAGCCUACCCCUUACUCCCAGAUUAAGGGACCCAAGGAGACCCACCCAGAUGCCCUGAAAGGAGGCAGGGGAUGGGGGUGGGGCAAUACGCAGAGUUUGCCUGGUAAAUGCAGAAAAAGGGUGACGGCUGGAGGAGAAAAGGAUGGAGCAGCCGUCAGCUUCUCAACUCCGCAUCCGCCGGCUGCCUCGGCUGGGCUCCAGCCUGCGCCCUCGCCCCUUGGAACAGCGGUGUGUCCAUUCUCUCCGCAUCCGUCUCCAUCAUUCAGCCACCACCGCACCCUUUCUCUAUUCAUUUGUCGCCCCGCCCCGCGUACCCUGGUCUAUCGGUCUACACCCAUGGGCCGAGCCCUCCUCACCAGGGUCCUCCUGGAACCGCUCCGGCCUUGGGCUUGUCCGCGGCUCCCACGGUCCCCGCCCGGCGGGGCACAGAGCAGGCGGGGAGGGGCUCUAGGACAACCCACUCUUCGCCGCGCAGCUGCACCCCUUCGCGCAUGGGCGUGGCGUAGCUCGGCCCCGCCCCUAGCGCUUAGCGUCUGGUGUCACCCGCCCAGCGGGUUGGCUGUAUCCUAAGCUUUUGGCCCCAAGGGGCCCCGGUGCCAAGGCCCCUGGGUUCUGCUUCCGUGCACCGAGUCCUCCCAGCACCCCACUCCGAGCAUUCUAGAGAGAACCAGACUCCGGCUGGGCCAAGCAUGAACAGAACCACAAAAUUACACAAUAAUUUAUUUAUUGAGAGCCUCCUAUCCGCCCUUGCAGUCUCUAGGUCACUUUUUCCGCUUGUAGAUUUUGCGCGCAAGCCCCAGAAAGAUAGCUGGGGGCAGGGGCGCUGCGUACUGUUCAAUGAGACCCAUAAUGUGGCUGUAACUGUCUUCCUCAUACUGCGAGAACACGGCCGGCAGAUCCAGCUCCUCAUAUAAUGCCUUCACUCGGGCCACCUUCUCAGCCUCCUUCUGCCCGUAAUUUUCCUGGAAGGGAUUGGAGACAGGAAACCAGGCUUGGCCUUCCCCAGAGCCUCCAGGACACCCCCCCCGCCCCAGCUCCCUUCAUUCACAUAUUCCAGAACAUCUCCAAAGCCACCCACUCCCUUCCUGCCUCCAAUUUUCAAGUGUCUCUAGAUAGCUAAGAUCCCAAGCUUCCCUUCACCAUCCCAAAUAUUCCCCACAUAUUGGCUCAGACCACAGCAUCCUCUACUCCAGGGUUUCUCAACCUUGGCACAAUUGAAAUUUGGGACCAGA